AUGGUUGUUUAUCUCAUGUUAGAAUAUCAUAAUGAACCUGCAAAUGCAGCCAUAAUAAUGAACAUGUGGAGCGCAGUCUCUUUUUUCCUGACCAUUUUUGGUGCUUUUCUCUCCUAUUCUUACCUCGGACGGUUCCGUGUUAUUGCAUGGUCUGUCAUCUUCGAGCUAAUCGGUUUGAUUGUGCUAUGGCUCACUGCAAUUAUUCAUAAUGAAAUGCCACCACAAUGCAAUUUGCAAGUAGAAACUUUUGCAACUCCAAAUGUUAGACAAAUGAUGUUUCUUGUUUCAUCACUUCUUCUCAUGGCCAUUAGACAAGGCUACGUUAGGCCUUGUUAUUUAGCCUUUUCUACAGAUCAAAUUGAAAUGCCAGAAAACAAUGGAAACGAGAGGAUGAUGAAAAGCUUCUUCAAUUGGUACUAUGUUUCUGUUGCAGUUUCAUUUGGCCUUUUAGUGACAAUCAUAGUUUACAUUCAAAUCAAAACUGGGUGGAUUGAGGGCUUUGGGAUUACUGGGGGCCUCAUGUUAUUCUCCACUGUCAUGUUCUUCUUGGGCUCUCACCUAUAUGUCAAGCCCAAAGCGGACAAGAGCUUAUGCAUUGGCUUGGCCUAA